UCUCUCUCUCUCUCUAAACCAGCAGAAUCCUACGCACAACCAGACCCGCCAUGGAAGACAGCUUCAAGGUCCGGGUGGACCGCCUCUUCGGCUCCCUCUCCUCCUACUCCUCCUCCUCCGCCCCCUCCGCGGCGGCGCCGGCCUCGUCCUUCAGCUCCCUCUGGAGCCUCACCGACGACGAGGUCGAGAGGAAGGAGUGGAACCGGGACAAAGGCAGCCCCGAGCCCGAAUUCGACCUCGCCCCGAGAGGCGGCGGCGGCGGCGGGGGGCUCGGGCCGCGGAGGAGCCGGGGGGAUUUCCGGGCCGAGCUCGAGAGGGAUCUCGAGGACCUCGACGACGACGACGACGACUUGGCGGAUCAGGAGGAGGAGGGGGAGGAGCAGCGGUCGCGGGGUUCGGCGAGCCAAUCUGAUAAGCCGGACGAUUAUAACGACGAGGAGUGGGAGAUUAAGUCCUCCAUCGGGCGGGAUUGCACUCUGGACUAUGAGGAAGAGGAGGAUCGGUAUGAUAAAGUAGCUGUUGGAAGAGAGAAGGCCGGAGACCGCUUGUAUAUGAAGGAUAUAACAAACUAUGGCAUAUCCAUCGAUCAUGAUAAUGAGCUUCCGACUUCAUUCAGGGAUGCUGCUAGGGACCCACGUGCUGACCACAUGGCUGCAAAAAUUAGAUUAAAGGAAGAUGCAGAAGCAGCUGAAAAGAUAGAUUCUCUGCAUGUCUCUGAGGAAAAUGCACAUUCAGUGGCUAAUUCCCAAGUUCACACAUCUGAAGGCGAUGUCAAUCUGAAAUCUAUUUUGAAGAGGAAGGAUGGUCAAAGUGAUUCGAAGACACAAAAGCGUGUUCGGUUUGAUCCUGAAUCGAUUGAGGAAGCACCUGCGGAAGCCGAACCCGUGACAGUGGAUCCUUCUAGAAGAGAAUCAUCCAUCAGCAAAUAUGGAGAAAUUGCUCCUUCUCAAGAUUUUUCUUCUGCUGUUCCUGAUUAUGUGCGAAACCCUUCCAGAUAUACACAUUAUACAUUUGACUCCUCGACUGACAUGGAUGAACAAUCUAAUCGGCAAGCCUAUAUGGAUUUUAUGAACAUGUUGAAGUCAAAAUCCACAGAUGCACGUGCAGAUGAUUCUCCUGUUGAUCUUCCUAAAUCAGUCACUUUUAUCCCGAGGAAAAGAGGUAGUGAUGCCACUAUAUUAAACAAUGGUGCGGAGCUGAAGCAAGAUAAUGAAUAUGCAAGUAAAGAUGCAAUACGUAGAAAAGUAACCCCUGUUAUUGCUGCUGUGGAUGCCCAAGAUGCUGAAGUGUGUGCAAUGGAGGAAGAUGAAGUGGAAGAAGCAGUUGACAAAAAGAUCCCUUUGCUUCGAUCAGGUCGGCAGUACCGGAUGAAGGCUAGGACAGAGGAUGAUUUAUCAUGAGAUUUAAGUGUUCAUUAUUCCCCUGACAUUUUAGCAUGGCAGUUUACUAGUUUUCUGUGGUUUUCUCGAGCUACUUCUGUUGGAUUCUAAAUAUGUAUGAGCUUCUUGUCCUAUAUGUAACUUAACAAUCUUAAGAUGCAUGGACCUGACGUAGAUAGAAGAAAAAAUUCCUUGGGAAGCUGGUUUCUUCUUUCUGUUCUUCACACUUUUUCAAAAAGCUAAGUCCGCUUGCUUAGGGCAACCCACGGAGUGUGCACACAUGGGCACAUAUGUGAUAGAGAGACAAUUAGAUGUUUGUGAGACAUGUAAUUGGCUAUAGUUGUGCCACUAGCUCCACAAAAUACUCUCAUGAGGGGGCAUGUGGAUUAUAGCAGGACAGACGCCAAACUGGAUACAAAUUCUGAGAUUGAAUUUAUCUCAGACUUGAGUGAGGCUCUUUCCUACGAUGCUUUUGUCAUUCUUGUAUACCAAAAAACAAAUUCGCGGGGCAGGUUUUUUUCUCAUCAUCAUAUCUCUUAGUGAGGGAUUUCCUGAUGAAGGCAUGGUGUAUUACAAAUAAGUCUAUGACAGAAGGAGGAAGCUACAUCUGAAGUUGCAAACGACGUUACCAAACUAUGAUUAGCAUGCACCUGAGGUAUCUAUUAGAUUAUCGUGAAUACUGUACUGAAGAGGUUUUAAUCCUUGUUGCUGGCUCCUUUUCUGCGGCUUGAUCAUGCAAUCACAAUUCCCUAAAUUGGUGCAGUGCAAUUUUAUUUUAUCUAGACCUUUGACGUAUAUAAACCUGUCUUAGGUUGUUGUUCAGAGAUCUAACCUUUUGCUAGAGCCUUGUUCUUUGCAAAUGGAAAUUUGUUCCAACAAUUUGUAAGCUUGUAUUCACAAUGUGGUGAUAUGGUGACUGAUGGAAAUAAGCUUCUCAUUCAUGA